AUGGCCGCCCGCUUCUCCGUUGCCCGCGCCGCCCUGAAGGAGAAGAAAUAUACCGAAGACCACGAGUGGAUUGAGGCUUCUGCCGACGGCAAGACAUUCACUCUCGGUAUUUCGGAGUACGCAGCGAAAGCCCUCGGCGACGUUGUCUACGUAGAGCUUCCCGAAGUCGACCUUGAAGUCGGCUCCGGUGAGGCUAUUGGCGCCGUCGAGUCGGUCAAGUCUGCCUCAGACAUCCUCAGCCCCAUCGGCGGCACUGUUACCGAAGUCAACGACGCGUUACAAGAGAAGCCCGGAAACCUAAACAAGGACCCUGAGGGUGACAGCUGGAUUGCUAAGAUUGCCAUCAGCGGCGAGCCUGAGGGCAAGCUGAUGAGCAAGGAGGAGUACACUGCUUUCACCGAGGAGGCAUAA